AUGAGACUAUGGCUCCAGGAUGAAGGCAAGAAGUUCAAGACACACAGCCCCGGCUCGGGGCCGAACUACAUGGGCUCGCCAUACCAACCACUACAGCCGUUCCCCGAGAAUCCGAACUUCCUUAGCGAGCGCGUCCUCUCUGAAGACGCGCGGGAGAUGAUCUGGGAGAAGAUCAUGCGGCACGGAGAAUCGAUCAAAGCGGUCUCUGCGGAGCUUGGUGUCGACAUGAGAAGAGUGGCUGCAGUGGUCCGUUUGAAGGAAGUAGAAAAGGAUUGGGUAUCGAAAGGAAUACCACUGGCGAAGCCAUACGCCAAGGCUGUGAUGGACAUGCUUCCUCAAACGAGAUACCGUCCGGGCGAGAAAAACGCCCAUGAGCCCAUCAACGAGCUCCAUGUCCACAGCCACACCAUGCAGCAACUAUUCCUCCCCACCUCCGAAUCAAGGCAAUUCACGCGUGAGGAUGCCGCCAAGGCGUUCCACGACAAGAUGAUGUCCCCAGACAAGAGGGUACCACACCCCGAGCUGAUCGGCAUGCACAGGGAGAUCUUAUCGGGCAGUGAUGAGGUGGACAGCUUCGAGAAGUUCAAGCAGCAGGCGGCCGUCUCAGAACGAGAGAUCGCCGCCCGAGAAGUACGAAAGGCACAGCUGGAAGAGGAGCGGACGACGAGAGUGGACUCUGGCCGGUUCGAGUUCAGGUUCAAGGAGAUCAACGUCGAUGAUGUGGGCAAGGACGGCAGGUCACGAAAGGGCACGGGCUGGAGAUAUGGCGUGCCUUUCUAUGACAGAAAGAGAGGCCAGGUCAAGAUUCCCACCAGCGUUGGGUAA